AUGGAUGAAAUACAUCUUACUCCGAUGGAUACGUCGACAGACUCUCCAUCACUGGACAGUAUGAAAGCAGAUUAUGAUGAGCUGCACUCCAUUAAUCUACAGACAAGAAUUCAUGCACUUCGACGGAUUAACAGACUUAUAAUGUUUCGAGAUGAUGAAUCGCGAACUGGAUUAUUGCAUGCUUUAAGUUCGCGAUUAUUGGUAGAGGAAGAUAAAGAUGCUAAGGCGUUGAUUGUCAUGGCGUUAGAGAAGCUAGCACAUUUACCUUCAUUCGACGGUUCCAAGAUUCUACAAAUCCUAAUGAAUCAGACAGAAACGGAUUCGACAAAGUUGAAAUGCCAGAUUUACGAUUGUAUAUUUAGAAUACUUAAAAUCAAACACUUCAAUACAUACAAUUCACCCGACUUUGCCAGACUCCUGCAGGCACUAUCUAAGCUCGUUAUAAAAGAACUAUCCGAUUCUCAUUAUCGCAUCCGAUCCAUUUGCAUUCAACUACUGACUUCAUUACCAUCGCUCAUCAGUCGCACCAAAUCAAUACACGAACAGUCUGGUCAGAAAAUUCCCUAUUAUCCGUCUGAACAGGAAAUACAGACAAUUAUUCGUAAUUAUGGUACUGAUGUCGAUCCAAGAGUUAGAAGGACGGCUCUCAAAUCUUUACUUCGUUUACAUCAGCGUGGCUGUAAGUUAGAGUUAUCUUUGUACGAUUUAUGCAAAGAAAGUCUCAAAGACGAUUACGAAGAAGUCAGAAUUGAAGCGUUGAAUUUGAUAUGGGUGUUGAGCAGUCUCUAUCCCAACAGUACGGUGAAACCGUUCCUCGACAAUUCUCUUGACAAAAGUGUUAGACUUGUUGAUGACGCAUUCAUUAGAAUAUGUGAUAUUAUUAGUGAUGUCUCCGUGAACGUUCGCAGUAAGGCCUCCACUUUACUUGGAAGCUAUAGACAAGCGGAGGGUUCUAUUCUACUGCAAACGUUUAGUAAAGAGAAAAUGACGAACUUUGGGAGACAGAAGGGUCGCUAUAUGGAUGACGUUAAAACAGUAAAAAUUAUCCCUACUCCCGAAGGCGAUUUCGAUGUCCAGGAUGAAUUUCGUUUGUUGGACUCGGGGGCAUGUGGGGCUUUCGUUCAUGGGUUGGAAGAUGAAUAUCAAGACGUCAGAUAUGCCACUAUUGAUUCUAUAUGCGAACUAUGCAUGCAUAACUCAACGUUUGCUGAGAAGGCAGUUGAUUUUCUAGUGGAUAUGUUUCACGAUGAAAUCGAUUCUGUUAGAUUAAAUGCGAUCAAUAGUCUUCGAAAGAUAUCAACAAACGCAGAAAUAAUCUUUAACAGAGAACAAUUAACUAUCGCCUUGAGUGUACUUGAUGACGCAGAUCCGACAGUGCGCGAAUCAACUCACGGGUUGUUGCGAACUGUGAGAUUGGCUGAACAAGACAUGGUUAUGAAACUUAUCGAAAUAAUGAAGAAUAACGUGACAAGAUAUCCAGAAGACCAGUUAUCUAUAUACCAAUGUUUUCGUGAUUUCGGUGCAAAGCAUAAUGAUUUUAUUGAAUACUUGGUACCGGUGUUCUUCACGUUGGAACAAGGGUUUAAACCAGUAGAGAAACAUGUGGACGAUCCAAAGCAUAUUGGACAUGUCAUUAUGACCUUCAACGCGGCUCAUUCUAAUUCCAAGAUACUCGAAAUUAUACCGGAUUAUCUAUGGAGGCACUACACUUAUCUGAGAGAUAAAUUUCCCAGUUGCUUUUUUGAAAUACAAAUGCCUUCAAAUUUGUCAAAGCCAAAGAAGCAAAAGGGAGUCGAUUUUCAUGAGGAUGGACAAAAUGUUCAGAAAUUUAUGGAAGAAAUCUUAACAACUAUAAGUAAUUUAGAAUCGCUAUUCAAGGGCGACUUGGACACUGCUAAACGAAAUGCGAGAGUGUGCCUGAGAGACCUCAAGUAUAUAGCACACGUGGCUCCAUUGCUUUCAGGAAAGGCCGAAUUUGCGAUCAUGUACCUCGAAUGUGUAAAGAUAAUCAUCGAGAUUAAACAAAAUUAUUUGCAGCCCAAUUUCAUAGUAGUAGCCUCAAACUUAGCGGGCCAAUUGCUUGCUCUUUCUUACGUAAUGGAAAAUACAUUCCUAGGGCUUCCUGGCCAGGCAAGACGGUUCUUCGUUACCGCAAGGCUGUUAGCAAACUUGGUCUGGAUAGUAGGAUCAUUGAGGCAGAUAAACAAGGAAUUUGGUGGGGAAGAUUCUAAUCUUAAUCAACUCGGUGAUUUCCAAAGUAGAUUGCAGCGAGCCCAUGACCAUACAACAGUAACAACCAUAACACCAUUAUUUGAUUAUAUUGAAUCAUUCGUGCCUCCAACAGUAGAUUUUCGGAAUUUAUUAAAGAGAUCGGAUGCGGUAAUUAUAGAACCUGCAUACCAGUCAACCACAGAGCAAGUGUUCAAUAGCGAAUUUCCGUUGAGAAUACGCAUUAUAGCAGACGUGUUUAACGUUGCCGAUACAGGCCGUAUCGGAGUACAGGUGACUUUCCCAGAUCAGAAAGUCAGACAAUUUUGGCCUCCUUCUUCUCAGUUCGUGCUUAUUAAGCCAUUUUAUUAUCGAUUGAAAACAUCUAUAGAGAUCUCCCAAUCCUCAUGGACCGCAAAAUGCUCGAUCGAAAUAAAAAUAAUUCGAUCGUUUGAAACAGACAUCCCGGACUUGGACGAGUGUAUCUUACGACAGACCGCCACCAGAGAUGUCGUAUCCACUACCUCCUGUGGCACCAUUGCCUUGUCAAAGGUUCCUCUUAAUUACAAAAUCUGGCCGACGCAUCCAAUUAGACCCGAUCGUUAG